UAUUUUUUUUAUUUUUCAUUUUUGCCUCUUGGCAGCCUCUCUAUUAUCUCUCUUUCUCUCUCUAAAAAAAAGGUUCUCUCUCUAGACUUUCUCUCUCUCUGGACAUCGCCGAGUCGCUAAAUCCGAAUUAACCCUAUAGCUUUGAACCGGAAUCGGAUCCUUAUCCUCACCACCCCGUGCAGAUUAGCCACCGCCGCCCCCUCCCGAUAUUAUCUCCCGGAGGAGACCGAAACUCUGCGUUUCGUCAUUUUCCGGUGCCGGCGGUCAUUUCCGGCAAGGUCCGUCCGCACGAUUGCUAACCUGCGCUCUCUUUCGUCUCUUUGUUUAUCCAUAUAUAUUGAUUGAUCUGUAAUCAGUCGAAGUUUCGCCCCUCUGUGGAGGCUUUCUGCAGAGACUGGGAAAUAACUCUCUUUGAAGCACUUAGUUUUUGCAGUAUAGGAUUUGAAGUGACUAUCAAAUAAGUUCCAUGUAAAAGGAUGGCUUUCUUUAGAAACUACUCGAAUGAAACGGUAGCACAGAGUGUCCUGGAUGAGAAGGGCCAAGGGCAAAACAUUGAUAGAGUUCACAGUUCAGUAGCAAAUGAAUAUGUAGAUGCGACUUCAAGUGAAAAGGAUUUUGAAUCAAAGGUGGAUGGGCAAUAUCAAAGUGAUGGUGAUACAAAUGAUGCUGGGCUGCAAAAUGAGGCAGCAGCUGCUGAUGAUAUUGGUUUGAGAAUAUCAAAUUUGCAGCCCUCUGGAAGGAGAACAGCUAUGGCAGGGAAGUGGGGUUCAACCUUUUGGAAAGACUGCCAACCCAUGGGUCAUCGGAAUGGUUCUGAAUCUGAGCAGGAUUCAAAAUGUCGUUUUGAUUGUAAAAAUGAGGAAGCAUUGGAAGACAAUUCAUCUGAUGGCAGGGAAGUUGACAAGGUUCAGAAGGGUCAAAAUGAUGUUCCUGCAGAUGAGAUGUCAUCUGAUGAUUACUACGAACAGGACGGGGAAGACCAAAGUGACUCGUUACAUUACAGAGGUUUAAAUCAUUCCAGUGUCUUAAACUCACAACCACAGUCAAGACCUGUUGCUGUAAACAUGGCUCGGAAUUCAAAAGCUUCAAAUGAUAAUGAAUAUGAUGAUGACGAGGAUGGUGAUAAUGAUGGUGAUGCUGAUUAUGAAGAUGAGGAUGAGGAAGAGGAAGAUGAAGAUGAUCCUGAUGAUGCAGAUUUUGAACCUGAUUAUGGUGUCACUAGCAGCAGAACUGCCAACAAGUACCAGGAUAAGGACUGGAAUGGUGAAGAUUCUGAUGAAGAUGAUAAUAGCAAUGAUGAUCUAGAUGUCUCAGAUGAGGAUGAUGCAUAUUAUAUGAAGAAACCCAAGGGUAGACUACGAGGUAACAGUGGACGUGGUUUAAAACCUACGAAAGAGCAUAAAUCAUUCCCUGCACCUGGUCGAAGAAAAAGAGGCAGAACGUUAUUGGAAGAUGAAGAUUCUUAUGAAAAGGAUUCUGAAAAUGAUAGUGAUGAGGAUUUCAAAAGCAUGACAAGGAGAGGUGCACAUCUCCGAAAAAGUAAAGGUGGUCAGUCCAGUACUACAGCAAAUAUCAUUGGACGGAACAGUGAGCUCCGCACCUCAAGUAGAUCAGUGAGGAAGGUAUCAUAUGUUGAAAGUGAGGAAAGUGAAGAAAUUGAUGAAGGCAAGAAGAAAAAGAGCCAAAAGGAGGAAAUUGAAGAGGAAGAUUGCGAUUCAAUCGAAAAGGUGCUUUGGCAUCAGCCAAAAGGCAUGGCUGACGAGGCUCUAAAGAAUAAUAAAUCAACAGAGCCCAUUCUGUUAAGCCACUUGUUUGACUUUGAACCCAACUGGAAUGAGAUGGAGUUCUUAAUAAAAUGGAAAGGCCAGUCUCAUUUGCACUGUCAGUGGAAAUCAUUUUCUGAUCUACAAAAUCUUAGUGGUUUUAAGAAGGUUUUAAAUUACACCAAAAAAGUGAUGGAGGAAGUGAAGUACAGGAACAUGUUUUCACGUGAGGAGAUUGAAGUCAAUGAUGUAAGCAAGGAAAUGGACUUAGACCUCAUUAAACAAAAUAGUCAGGUGGAGAGAAUAAUUGCAUACAGAAUUGGUAAAGAGGGCUCAGGUGAUGUGAUGCCAGAGUAUUUAGUCAAGUGGCAGGGACUCUCAUAUGCUGAAGCAACAUGGGAGAAGGAUGUAGAUAUUGCAUUUGCUCAAGAUGCUAUUGAUGAGUACAAGGCUCGUGAAGCUGCAGCUGCCAUCCAAGGAAAAAUGGUGGACAUGCAGCGUAAGAAGAGUAAAGCAAGUUUAAGGAAGCUUGAUGAGCAGCCUGGGUGGUUAAAGGGAGGACAACUUCGUGAUUAUCAGCUUGAAGGCUUGAAUUUUCUUGUUAACAGCUGGAGAAAUGAUACUAAUGUUAUUUUGGCUGAUGAAAUGGGUCUUGGCAAAACUGUGCAGUCAGUUUCUAUGCUUGGGUUUUUGCAGAAUGCUCAACAAAUAUAUGGACCAUUUCUUGUUGUUGUACCAUUAUCGACUUUAUCAAACUGGGCAAAAGAAUUCAAGAAGUGGCUUCCUGACUUGAAUGUCAUUGUUUAUGUUGGGACCCGUGCUAGCCGAGAGGUUUGUCAGCAAUAUGAAUUUUACACUAAUAAGAAAACUGGCAGGACUAUUCUAUUCAAUGCUUUAUUGACUACUUAUGAAGUAGUUCUGAAGGACAAGGCUGUGCUUUCUAAGAUCAAAUGGAACUACCUCAUGGUUGAUGAAGCCCACAGGUUAAAGAACAGUGAAGCACAAUUGUAUACAACCCUCUCGGAAUUCAGUGCCAAGAACAAGUUGCUGAUCACUGGUACUCCAUUACAGAACAGUGUUGAAGAGCUUUGGGCUCUACUUCACUUCCUUGAUCCUGAUAAAUUCAAGAACAAAGAUGAUUUUGUUCAGAAUUACAAGAAUCUUAGCUCAUUCAACGAAAUGGAGCUUGCAAAUCUUCAUAUGGAAUUGAGGCCCCAUAUUCUUCGAAGAGUUAUCAAGGAUGUAGAGAAGUCUUUGCCUCCAAAAAUUGAACGUAUUCUUAGGGUUGAAAUGUCCCCUCUUCAAAAACAGUAUUAUAAGUGGAUUUUGGAACGCAAUUUCCAUGACUUGAACAAAGGAGUUCGUGGGAAUCAGGUUUCACUUCUAAAUAUUGUUGUAGAAUUGAAGAAAUGCUGCAAUCAUCCUUUUCUAUUUGAAAGCGCAGACCAUGGUUAUGGUGGGAACAGAAGUACCAAUGACUGCGGUAAACUGGAGAGGCUUAUUUUAAGCAGUGGGAAGCUUGUUUUACUUGAUAAGCUACUUGAGAAAUUGCAUGAGACGAAUCAUCGUGUUCUAAUAUUUUCUCAGAUGGUUAGAAUGUUGGAUAUACUGGCAGAAUAUAUGUCACUUAGAGGGUUCCAAUUUCAGCGGCUUGAUGGUAGUACAAAGGCUGAGUUGCGUCAGCAGGCAAUGGAUCAUUUUAAUGCACCUGGAAGUGAUGAUUUCUGUUUCCUCCUUUCAACCCGUGCUGGUGGCCUGGGCAUUAACCUUGCAACUGCAGACACAGUUAUUAUAUUUGAUUCUGACUGGAAUCCCCAAAAUGACUUACAGGCAAUGAGUAGGGCUCAUAGAAUUGGGCAACGAGAAGUAGUUAACAUCUACCGAUUUGUUACAAGCAAAAGUGUUGAGGAAAAUAUUCUGAAGCGAGCCAAGCAAAAGAUGGUACUUGAUCAUUUGGUGAUUCAAAAACUAAAUGCAGAAGGUAGACUGGAGAAGAAAGAAUCGAAAAAGGGGAGUUACUUUGACAAAAAUGAGCUGUCGGCUAUUUUAAGGUUUGGGGCGGAGGAACUUUUUAAGGAAGACAAAAAUGAAGAAGAAAGCAAAAAGAGGCUCUUAAGUAUGGAUAUUGAUGAAAUUCUUGAAAGAGCAGAGAAAGUAGAAGAGAAGGAAACUGGAGAGGAAGGGAAUGAAUUAUUGAGUGCUUUUAAGGUUGCAAAUUUCGGUAGUGCUGAAGAUGAUGGGAGUUUCUGGUCCCGUUGGAUAAAACCAGAAGCUGUAGCGGAAGCUGAAGAUGCUUUAGCUCCACGUGCUGCAAGAAAUACCAAGAGCUAUGCUGAGGCUAAUCAACCUGAGAGAAUUAGUAAAAGGAAAAAGAAGGCUGCUGAACCACAGGAGAGAGCUCAGAAGCGCCGCAAAGCAGAUUAUUUGGUUCAUUUAGUGCCAAGGAUUGAGGGAGCGGCUGCUCAAGUAAGGGGUUGGUCUUAUGGUAACUUGCCAAAGAGAGAUGCAUCACGUUUUUCUCGUGCGGUAUUGAAAUUUGGAAACCCCAGUCAAAUUGGCUCAAUUGUCAUGGAGGUUGGUGGUACAAUUGAAGCAGCUCCAACUGAAGCACAAAUUGAGCUUUUUGAUGCAUUAAUUGAUGGGUGUAGAGAGGCAGUUAAAGAAGGAAAUCUAGACCCAAAGGGGCCUAUGUUGGACUUUUUUGGUGUCCCGGUAAAAGCUAAUGAAGUACUUAACCGUGUUCAAGAACUUCAGCUCCUAGCUAAGCGCAUCAGUCGCUAUGAAGAUCCCAUUGCCCAGUUCCGGGUGUUAAUGUACCUCAAACCUUCAAAUUGGUCUAAAGGUUGUGGCUGGAAUCAGAUUGACGAUGCCAGAUUGCUUCUUGGAAUACAUUAUCAUGGAUUUGGCAAUUGGGAAAAGAUAAGAUUAGAUGAAAGGCUGGGUCUCACAAAAAAGAUCGCUCCAGUUGAACUUCAACACCACGAAACCUUCCUACCUCGUGCUCCCAACCUGAAAGACCGUGCUUCUGCACUUCUGGAAAUGGAACUUGUAGCUGUUGGUGGGAAGAACACCAAUACCAAAGCUAGUCGCAAGACUUCUAAAAAGGAGAAGGAGAGAGAGAAUCUUAUGAAUAUCUCAAUAUCUCGCAGCAAGGACAGGAAAGGAAAACCUGGUUUUCCUGUAACUAACGUUCAAAUGAGGAAGGAUAGAUCCCAUAAACCCCAUAGAGUUGAACCUUUAGUGAAAGAGGAGGGUGAAAUGUCCGGUAAUGAAGAAGUAUAUGAGCAGUUCAGGGAAGUGAAAUGGAUGGAAUGGUGUGAAGAUGUCAUGAAGACGGAGAUUAAGACCCUGAACCGUCUUCACAAAUUACAAACUACUAGUGCUAAUCUUCCAAAGGAUUUGGUGCUUUCAAAAAUUCGGAAGUAUUUGCAGCUUCUUGGACGAAGGAUAGACCAAAUUGUUCUGGAGCAUGACAAGGAACAAUAUAAACAAGACAGAAUGAUCAUGAGGUUGUGGAAUUACAUCUCAACUUUUUCAAAUUUGUCUGGGGAGAAGCUUCGUCAGAUUCAUUCAAAACUUAAACAGGAGCAAGAUGAGGAUGGAGGGGUAGGAUCAUCUCAUGUCAAUGGUUCUGCAUGGGGCCCUGGUGACAAAGACAGUGAUCCUGGUCAGUUCCCUUCUUUUCAUCGCCAUGGUGAGAGACCACCAAGAGGGUACAAAAAUAUGUCUGCCUAUCAAACAGCAGAACCAGUUUCUAAGAGUCAUGAUGCUGGGAAAUUUGAAGCAUGGAAACGGAGGAGAAGAGCUGAUAAUAUUAACACUCAUUCCCUGACUCAGCCCCUGCCUCAAAGGCCAAUGAGCAAUGGUUCCCGUUUACCCGAUCCAAAUUCUUUGGGGAUUCUUGGAUCAGGACCAACUGAUAACAGACGUUUUGGUAAUGAGAAGCCUUCUAGGAUGCGUCAAAGUGGUUAUCCUCCCCGACAAGGUUUCUCAUCAGUUAUCAAGUAGUCUUAGGAUGCUUUGAUUGGAUGAGAGCCCGCUAAUUAGAGAGUGAAGCAAAAAAUUGCUCACUCAGUUGGAAUUUAUUACUUCAGCCAUUGACAUUCUCUGGAUUUUUUUUCCGUCCAUGGGAAUAAAACUUUGAAUAUCCCUUUCGAGAAGUUGGAUACGAUCAGUGGGGAAUUGCUACAAACAUGAAACAUGGUGGCUGAGAGAAAAAGCCAAAGAUCCUUUUAUGUGCAGAGACUAAAGGAGGAGAUGGGAGUCUCGCCAAAAUUUUUUUGUUUUGUUUUUGUUCUUUUUCUUUUUAACCCUUUUCAAAUGAGGCCGGUGAUUUGUUUACGUAUAUAGGGAAAAUUUAGGAAAGGAUUUACUUCUCACUCAUUUGAAUUACAUUUACAUGAGGGAGACAUUUAUAUGUAUUAUGCCCUUUUCAGAAUUGUACAUUAUCAGUUUUGAAUCAUUGAAAUCUUGAUCCUCUCCUUUGAAAAUUUUCCUUAGAAAUGUUGAUAUAUGCAUUUUCCUCCGUUGUUGUAUGUAGAUGUUUGUGGAGGAAAUGGCAUGUUAAACUCAUGAUAUAAAUACAUUGAAUUAUUAUCUUA